AGCUUCUAACCACUGUCAGUAAGCUCGUGCACCUAAUCUCGCCUCUCUGCGCAGCGCAUCAUCACGCCGCGAAAGUAGUGCGCGAUAGCACGCCGCGCGCGCUGAAAGAACUAGCCUCGCCGACGCCUCAUAACAGUACUUAUGACUUCCCGCGAUUAAUUACGGAAUUCUCUCUACUACCGGAAUUCGCGCGGUUCGCCUCGGUUCUGUUGAGUGGCGCGACCUCGCCUCGUGAUGAUCGCGCGAGAUCGCUGCAACGAUCCGGGCGAUCGCCAGCGGCGUCUGCGAUGAGACACAAAACGGCGCGAGAUUGAGAUCGUCUCGAUCGGAAUUAUGAGGUGCGGAGGUCGCGGGUGGCCUUGCGAGGCCGGACGAGUGGCGCGAUUGUCGUGCUGGUUGUUUCUCCUGCUGAUCGUCUGCUCGCGACCAUGCCACUCUGCGGCUUUCGACAACACGACGGAUCCGUUCGUCCAGAAAUGCCAAAUGGAAUGCAGUCUGCGGAGAGAUUUUGCGGCCUGCAGCAAAUACAAGGUCGCCAGGUGGUUGCACACUUUGGUCAGAGAGAAGGAAUUUAGUUACGGGCCAUUUCGGGUAAUAAGGAUACCGUCGAUGCACAAGCAAUCAUUCCUGCCUAAUUUGCCGCGUAGCCGGGCAUUCAAAAGCAGCAUAACGGAAGUCUUGAACUUCAUUAGGAACAACGUAGAAGAUUUAUUGACGAAACGUGCCAUUGUGUACACGAUAGACAACUCGGCAAUUGGCAGCAGAGGCUUCUCGUCGGGUCUGAUGGUUAUGGAUGACGAUGAAAUCAAGAAAUUGCAAAAUAAAGAAGAGGAAGGCGAUUGGCGAAUCUUCAAGAAAAAGAAGUCCAUCAUUCUGCCGGUUCUCAUACUGUUAAACUUGCUCAAACUGAAGCUGCUGCUGCUGCCGGUUUUUCUAGGAGUCCACUUCAUCAAGAAGCUUCUCGUGCUCGGCUCGUUGGUCCUGCCAUCCGUGCUGGCGCACUUAAAAGUUUGCAAAGUGCCACACAACCAUCACUCCCAUCCUUACCACAUAUGGUCCACCGCGGCGGAAGCACCGGCCGAUUAUCCGUCAGGAUACGCCGGGGACGAUUGGCACAGAAACGACUAUCAGCUGGGUUAUCCCAGUUUCCAGAUAUUCCGCAAUCCCUAUGGGUGAGGCGGCGGUCAGUCGUGAGCCACCGUCGGUCGCUGGCUGACGAAAAAUCACUUCGCCACCGGCAAUUCGUCGAUGGGAUGCACGCGAGUCGUUUGUUUCACAACGCGAACCUCGUUACAUCGUCUGUACAUUCCGCGAAGCAGCGCGAUCGCUAAGGUCUACUGAAACAACUCGCGUAGUGCAUAUAUAUAUAUAUAUAUAAGAGGGUCAGUCAAUCAAAAUCUGUGCAUUAAAAGUAUGUUUUGUAUAUCAAACACACGAUUGGCCGAUUUCCUUGUAUAUACAUGGAGAAAAUAUUACAGUUUUUUUAUGUAUAUAAAUUCUUCUCCAUUUUACAAUGUUUGCGAGUGAUGCGAGGAAAUAGAUUGUCGAUGGAGCAGGGAUAAAGUAAAUUGUCAAUAGUAGAUGGUAUUUAAUGAUACACUCUGAGAGACAAAUAUCUAAAGAAUAGAAGAAGAUUUACUCGAUGGAUACUAAUAACACAUUUACUUAAAACUAAUAUUUUUUAUUCAAGUACGAAGUCUCUUUCAUGCAAAACCGUGAUUUUAAGGAAACAUACAAUUCCUCAUUUGAAAAGAAACUUUCUCUCUCGGUUUAAAAAUGUUUAUUAUAUAUAUAAAUAUGUUUAAAAAUAUGUUUAUUAAUAUAAGCAAAUAUGUUAUUAGCAUCUCCAUUUAAUACAUAUUUUUUUGAGAUAUUUUUUCUUUUUUUUCAAUGUAUUGCUAAACACUAUCUACUAUUAAAAACCUACAUUAGUGUCUAAAAUAUAAACAGCAUGAAACGAAAGGAGAAGUUUUUAAAUAGAUCAAUGUUUUCCCCGGUUAUAGGAUUCUAAAAUAAAAAUUUUACCGUAAAAUA